CCGUGACCUCAUGCGUCCACCCUCUACCCGCCACCACCAUGUCCGAAUACUGGGUCGCGCACAAGAAGUACUUCUGCAAGUACUGCAACAUCUACAUCGCAGAUGACGCCCCCUCGCGGCGGCAGCACGAGACCGGCCUGCGGCACAAGGGCAACGUCGAGCGGUUCGUGCGCGGGCUGUACAAGGAGGGCGAGCGGCGGAAGCAUGACUCGGAGGAGGAGAAGCGGGAGAUGGCGCGGGUCGAGCAGGCAGCGCAAGCAGCGUACGCGAGGGACGUGGGCGCGGGCUUGGUCAAGCCCGGAAGCAGCAGCACAUCCGUCGCUGCGCGGCCUACGCCCGAGGCGAAGAAGCCUGUCCCCAGACCUUCGAACCCGUACGCAGACUAUACUACGGCAGAGUCUCUAGGAAUCACGGACCCCGACGAGGAGCGACGCAAGGCCGAAGCGGAGCGGCGGCGCACGCAGGGCGUCGCGGGCGACUGGGAGGUCAUCACCAUCGUCGAGUCUUCCGCCGAGCCUGAGGCGGGGGCAGUGCACGCUGGAGCUGCGGUACCUGAGCCGGGCCCGAGCACGGGGAUGAAGCGCGAGGCGGAGGCGAUCCCGGAUAAUGAAGACACAAGGACUUUCAAGCUGCGCAGACGGACAGUUGGGGUCGGUCUGGGGGAAAUUUACGACCCAGGCACGAUACCGAUCAAGGUGAAGAAGAAGGAAGAGCCGGCUGACGAGGCCCUACCUGGUGCGGCGGCAGAGAAUGGGCCCGCUGCUAUUGGUACAUGGACGGCGGUCGGUGCAGGCAGUACGAUUGCGACGGAGAAGCCGAGCUGGUUUGCGAGAGGCUGGAAUCGUCCAGGAGAAAGCAAGGCGAACGAGCCACCAAACUCAGAACUAGCCGCUCCUUCUGGCGAGUCCACUGUUGCGCGAGAGGGCCAGGCGGAGCCGGUGGAAAUUGAACCUACUAUGACCACAAUAGCCAAGGAGGAACCCUUAGCAGUGGAUGAUGUCGCGGCGAAAGUCGAGAUCAAGGCCGAGGAAGCUCCAGUCAAACCUGAAGCAGACGCUUCUCCGGCGGGAGGGGGUAUGUUCCGCAAGCGUAAACUGCCAGCAGGCGGGGCGGGUAGCAGGGGCAAGCGGACAUGAUCCAUCGGGCAGUUCCACCAUCCUAGUUACCGAGCAAAGCAUCGUUGCGACUCGAGUUACAGCUUGUUCCAGCCACGCUCAUUAUGGCAUCCCCUGGUCAGUUGCACUACUGCACUGGCAAAGAGAUACAGACAAGAGCUUGCGCGUGGCCAGUGGACUGGGCCACAGACCUGGCAGCUGUACGUCCGGCCAGCGCAGGAUCUCUUUGAGGAGAUCGAGAGAUCACAGGGGGGGCAUUUCUCUGCCACUUAGAUUAUUCGGGGCGGGUCGUGCACCACGAGCCGCAGAAUGUGGGCGAUCUAACUAUUCCACUCAU